AUGAUUAAGCUCGCGGCCGGUGUGUCCAAGAAAUCCGUCGUCGAUGUGUAUGUCACUCUCAGUGUGCCCGACAGCCCCGUACUUAGCACGGCACAGAAGAACGUGGAGCUGAACGUCGAGAAACGCUGCCCGCCCCGACGCCUUCGUCAAGGCAACGGAUCCUCCUACGUGAACGUCGGUCUGGAGGAUCGUCUCAACUCCCGUCCGCUUGACCUGCAUACACCUGCCAACCAGUGUAUCAAGCGCAUCCAGGCCGCUGUGGGCCAGCUGUUCCGUGCAUUCCUCAUCCAGCGCGACUUCGUGGAGACCCACACACCCAAGCUGGACGUCAUCUUGGCUCAGAGUCCGCAGAAGUACAAGCAGAUGGCGUGUGCUGCUGCUGGUCUCGAGCGCGUGUUCGAGAUCGGCCCGGUCUUCUGUGCUGAGAACUCGAGCACGCACCGUCACAUGUGCGAGUUCGUGGGUCUGGAUCUGGAGAUGACUAUUAAGGAGCACUACCACGAGGUCCUGGAGGUGUUCUCGGACCUGUACAUCUACAUUUUCGAUGGCUUGAAGGAACGUUACGCCAACGAAUUGGCUACUAUCAACAAUCAGUACCCGUUCGAGCCGCUCAAGUACAUUAAGCCGUCGCUUAUCAUCAACUUCUAG